AUGUGACCGGCGGGCCGGCGGGAUGGAUACGUGUAGUAUCUGUAAUCAAUGAGCUGUUCUCGUUCGUUUUAUAAACAAUCGAUCCGAGUCUGCUCAGUGUUUGGCGAGACCGAGAGCGCACCACUGGCUUGGCUUGUUGGCUGGCUGGUUGAAUGCACUUCUUGUUUUGCGAGCCAAAUUUACGUCGCUGUUUAGUAUUUUGUUGUAUUACACGAUUCCCGGUAGGCGAACCGAUUUAAGGGAAGGUGUGCGACAUUCGUUUCGGGUGACCCGCAACCGCCACCAGAAUCAAUGGUAGUAGCAACUGCAGCGUGAGAGGACUUGAACCGGAAUCGUGUCGUUUUGAACUACUCACCACAAGCCACGUCGAGAUGGGUGCGUUUCUGGAGAAACCGAUGACGGCGAAGCACAACGAGCAUGGCGAAGGCAACGGGCUCCGGUACGGGGUAGGAUCGAUGCAGGGCUGGCGCUGCGAGAUGGAAGAUGCACACUACGCCAAAACCGGACUAGGGGAAGGGCUGGAUGAUUGGAACUACUUUGCCGUGUUCGAUGGUCACGCGGGACACAAGGUGGCCGACCAUUGUGCGAAGAAUCUACUGCAGUCGAUCGUCCGGACACAGGAAUUCAGCAAUAACGAUAUCACAAAAGGUAUUCACGCUGGGUUCCUCAAGCUGGAUGAAUCCAUGCGGGACAUUCCGGAAUUGGCAUCCGGAGCGGACAAAUCCGGAACCACCGCGGUGUGUGCGUUCAUUUCCAGCCAGAAUAUCUACGUAGCAAAUUGUGGAGACUCGAGGGCUAUUCUGUGUCGUAACUGUGCACCGAUAUUCUCCACCCAGGAUCACAAACCGAUCCUUCCGGGGGAAAAGCAGCGAAUCCAGAACGCCGGCGGAUCCGUUAUGAUCCAAAGGGUAAACGGCAGUCUGGCGGUGUCCCGGGCGCUAGGAGAUUACGACUUCAAAAACGCCAAGGAGUUGGGCCAGUGUGAACAAUUGGUGUCGCCGGAACCGGAAAUUUUCUGCCAAGACCGGGAUCCGGCCGAUGAGUUCCUGGUGCUGGCCUGCGACGGCGUGUGGGACGUGAUGAGCAACGCCAACCUGUGCCAGUACGUGCACAGCCGGAUGCAGAUCUCCGAGAGCCUCGAGGACAUUGCCAACCAGGUCAUCGAUACCUGCCUCCACAAGGGAAGUCGCGACAAUAUGAGCAUAAUCAUCAUAGCAUUCCCCGGCGCCCCGGUCCCGAACGAGGAAGCCAUCAAAAAAGAUGAGAAGCUGGAAGCGACGCUGCACAAGCGGAUCGAGCAAAUGAUCGCCGAGAUGGGUACGAACGUGGAGUACGCUAUGAUUUUGAAGCGGUUGAGCGAGGAACACAUUCCGGACCUGCCGCCGGGCGGAGGUCUCGAGGCCAAGUGUUCCUACGUGUCCAAGGUGUUCAAGGAGCUGUGCCCGAAACUGGCCGACACUUGCGAGAUCGAUGCGGUAAAUCAUCCAAACAACGAUGCAGAGGCGCUGAUCCCAGAGUUUUUCGAAGAAUUAAACUAAAUCGAUGUAUUAGAAUAAUUUAUCUGCUACCUUUUUGUAAGAAAUAUAUGGUGAAAUCGUUCCAUUCCAUA